GCCUCAUGCAAGCCCAGUGCCGAUGACACCCUGGACACCUUAUACGGAAUGAUCAUCCGCAACCGUUCCAUUGGGAGGUACUUGAUGUCUAUACUCGCACGACAGGACUUCUUGACUUGCCCCAUCUUCUUUACAUUUACUUGAUCCUAAAAGGAUUCCCCUUCAUUUCUUGUGUCUGUAGUUUCUUCGAUAUAGCGAACAAAAGUCGUGUCUAGGCUAGUGCUCUUCAGUUGCAAUGUCUGAAAAACAUGAGUAUAAGCCCUUGAUGGGCGAAGAUAUAAGCGAAGAAAUUCAAGGCCUCGAAAACCAACAUCCUACGAACACGGCAAAAGUCACCAAACGGUCGAAUCGGUUUAACCUGGUUCUAAUAAUACUUAUUGCUCUCUCGCUUUCUUUGAAUAUCUUGCAGAUCAGCCUCUACAAGGUAUUGCUCUCACAUAAUGCUCGGUGCGAGUCGGGAACAUGGCGAACAAAAUAUGCCGGGUUAAAAGAAGGCGAAAUAGACGUGUUUUGGAACCAGAAAGGCGCUUACACAGAUCCUGACGAUGAUGUACGGGAUCGCCUUUGGGACAGCCUGGACUUCGACCCGGGUGUCGUCGCUGUACCUAAGUUAUGGGCGGUGGAGAAAGGCUUGGACGAAGGCGCAACUUUUCCUUGGGAUUCUAGCAAAUCUCUCUAUUUCGUGAACGCUUAUCACAGCUUACACUGCAUCAAACAAGUUUAUCGAGCCUUUAGAGACUACCGAAUGGGAAACCCUCCAUCGAUAUCGAACGGACACGUAGUCCACUGCUUGGACCAGCUGCUUGCCGAUAUUAAGUGCCAAGCGGACGACACGCUCCGCGCUACAAACGUUUCGACUCCUCAUAAUUCGGCCGUAUAUCAAACGCACAAGUGUCGUAACUGGGAUGCAUUGGAGAAAUGGACGCAGACGUACCCGAGCUGCUACCGCUAUGGAAACGGCACCUUCGAGGAUAAUCAGCCAAGCCAGCUUCCGAGAUUCAGGUUCUGUCAGGAGGGUACCCCCGAGUUAGAAAAGGCACGGAAGUAUUUUGGAAAGGGUGAGGACUGGAAGCCUAUUGAAGAGAAGAAAUUCAGUUGGUUUGAUUAAGAUCUAGGUACAUAGGCCAAAUCAAGCAUGUCCGCUAAGUUCGGAUAUGUGAUGAAAUAUCGCAUCUAAUACGAUACCCCAGUUCUGAUAUAUCUAUAUCCCUCCUCUCAUGCCUACAUGU